CGCAGCGAUGUUUCUCUUCAAUUUACUUUGAAGGAAGGUGAUAAAAUUUGAUUUAAUAUGUUUGACAAGCGAGACACGCUGUACAUGCGUGUAGAACAAGCGCGAAUCACCCUCGCAUCAGUCAUCUCGAUAAUCGUCGACAACGCGCAGAGGAUGUCGGAGGAUCCGCAGAUUCUUCCCCCGAAGGUCGAGACGAUCGAGUUGUCCGACAAGGGAAGAAAAUACCACGACUCGGGAACGCGGCCGAAGGAUAAGGACGAUAGAGUCGUCGUCAAGUUCCGCUGCGAUCUCCCGUCGACGCAGAGCGAGGUGAUGCUCGCGAGGGGGUGGACGCAGAUAGCCGACCCCGCAGACGGCAGCUGGCAUCUGUGGUGGUGCGAGACGGUCGAGGCGCGACGCGCGCUCGAGGAGCGGCGAUUGCUGCCGCGGCAACGUGUGCCGCACUUCCGCAACCACUACGAGCUCACGUGCAAACACCGGCUAGGACGGAACCUCAAGCGUUACCGCCGGACCCUCGCCGCGGCCGGCAAGGCCGCCGAGGCCCGUAUUUGCAGCGAGUCCGCGCCCGUGACCUUCGAACUGCCCGCCGAUUACCGGAUCUUCGUCGAGGAGUAUCACAGGCAACAAGGUGCCACGUGGAUAGUCAAGCCAGCAGCGCAGUCGCGUGGUAAGGGUAUUUUUCUAUUCAGGAAACUGAAGGAUCUGAUCGAGUGGAAAUCGAAGUCGCAACAUCAGGGUAGCCCGGCUGAGAUUUACAUCGUUCAGAGAUAUAUAGAUAAUCCUUAUCUCGUAGCAGGGCGAAAAUUCGAUUUGCGCAUUUACGUACUGGUGACGUCGUUUCAUCCCCUGAAAGUGUGGCUAGCCAGAGAGGGCUUCGCUCGACUAUGCGGUCGACUGUUCGACCUGAAAAAUAUCGAGGAUAGCAGGGUACACUUGACGAACAUAGCGAUACAACUAAAGGCCAUUCAGAAUGCCCAGAAUUCCCCUUCGAUAGGAGAGGAAGAGAUAAAAUGGGAUUGUAAGUGGGCCUUGAGCAAACUCAAAGAAUAUCUGAUAACUUAUCACGGGGCGCAAACGGUGGAAAAUCUGAUGCAACGAAUCGCAGGCAUCAUAAUGGCGAGCUUGCUGGCGGUACAGCCGGUCAUGAUGCAAGAUCGGAACUGCUUCGAGCUCUAUGGCUACGACGUGUUGCUCAGCGAUGACCUGCGACCUUGGCUGCUCGAGGUCAACGCCAGUCCAGCUUUAACAGGCACCGAUAAAGAGGAUUAUCGAUUAAAAUUCGACUUGAUCGAUGACGUACUCAACGUCCUCGACUUUGAGGGUCGCUUCAGCGGUCGCGAGACUAGAAUCGGCGGGCUGGAUUUGCUGUGGGACGAUGGACCAGUUUGGACCACCUGCCCGUACCCCGGGCCUCAGCACGAAGCGAUUCCCAACGACUUCAAGAGGCUCAAUAUCUUCCUCGGGACAAUCAACGAUCGUCAGACUCAGUUAUCGUUGUUGAGGGACCAGCUGACCGAGAGACGCAAAGCCGCACGGUGUUAUUCGACCGUAGUACAAUAUUGUUUAAAAUAAUGACGGGAGUGCGUACAUAUGAGCAUCUUCAAAAUAUAUCAGGAGCGUCUGCUGGGAGAGAUAAGAUAGCGAUUUUGACAUUCUUCCUGAUGUCGUCAGAGUUCAAGGGAAAGAAUGCCAAGGCAUUCUUUCUCAUGAUCAAGAUCGGCCGAUAUAUCGAAACGAAUAAACGGAUUUCUGCCGCAUCCGGACGGGGUUUAAUGGCCGAGGCAGCCGCGGUGUGGAAGCUGGUCAAUGCGGUGUGCACACGAUGUGCACGAGUCGCCCGGCUAAAUUUAGUUUCGAAAGGAAACUGGAAAGGAAGAAAAAAUGAUGACGAAGAAGAGAGCGCGACAACGAGAUGAGCUACGUAAAAGCGAGAGUGCACCGGCUGCAUUCUUUCGCACGGGCGACACACUUUUGCGAUUAAUUCCUCAAUGAACAAAAACGCCAAAUUCCACGGACAAAUUUUCCGGCUGUGCGGCAUAAUGGGUUUCAAUGAAGCCUUGACAUUUGCCACAAUUAUUAACGUCUUACUUGGCUUAACAACCUUUGUUUUUUCCAGUCGUUCUCAUCGUGUAUGGAUAUGUUACGAUACGACACGACGUGAUAAGAUACGAUAUAUGAUACACUAGCUAUCGACGCGUCUCACAUAAAAUCAACAGCUGUACACGCAUGUCCAGACACGACGCAGAUGACUUGAAGAUCACCGAGACUGAUGACUUUGUAAAUUUAUGUUAAAGCUCGAUUGAAGCUUGAUGGUAUUAUGCGGACAAACAGAUGUGCGCAAAGUCAAUUCCCUGUUUCACAAGAUCGGGAGAGAACUAUUCCGUUUGUUCCUCGCGGAAAGCUGGAAAUUUCCUCGCAAAUUAAGCUCCGGCACGUUCAUUGUUCUCGCCAUAUCUCAAGCGUCGCGAGUGUUUAGGAUGUUUAGGGGCUGAUCGAUUCUCCUACGCGCGUGUGCUACAUCGAGGAUGC